AUGCACUUUCUAAUCGACAUUUUUGAUUUAUAUAUAGAUCCAAUACCCAAGAGAAAGAAAUCCUUUCAAGAACUUUUAGCAGGGGAUUGCUAUGUCAACACUCAGUAUGAAUUGAGGUUCAGGAUGGGAACAACAAGGAAACUCCUUUGUGAGAAAAAUCUGACCAGAGAAGAAGUUGCGAAAUUUAGGGAUGCCAUUGCAAACAACACUGUGUACUUUAUGUACUACGAUAACAUUCACUUGUCAGAGUACGUUGGAGGAGAUAGCUCACAGUCAUUGUACCCGAAAAAUGGUGAUAACGAGCGUAGGUAUUUUCUUAUCAAUCACCUGCACUUUUAUCCUCAGUACAAAGGAAACAAAGUGAAAGAAAUAGAUGUUCUGGGUGACUAUGAAUCUGCUGUGGAUAUAACUGAGGACAAUGAAAUCAAAGUCAACUUCACUUAUUCUGUCUUCUGGGAAGAAUAUGAAUCCAAGCGAGAGAAUCCGAGCAGGGUCAGAGACUAUUUGAAAGAACUAUUCAAGAUAAUUAAUCGGGGCCGGGCCAUCCUCUUUUUGGAGCAAGUUGGAGGAGCUAAUCCUAGCCCUUAUGCUACUGCUAUUGCCAUUUACAUCUGGCUUCUGUUGCUUUAUAUAAAGAUUGUGCUGUACCUUAGAGAGUACUUUAAUCGGAUUUCUUUUGUUUAUGGACAUGUAUUGGUAGAAGCUACAAGAGCUACAGGGGUUAUUCGUCCACGUCAUGUUCAUAGUAAUGUUUGCAGAUGUCCUCGGUACUCGUCCCUACUUGGGGCCAUUCUGGGUGUUGGAACUCAACUGUUCAUUAUGAUUUGUGUCCUCUUCGUCUUGGCAUAUACAGGUCACCUAUAUCCCUGCAAUCAUGAGAGACUGUAUAUUUGGCUCAUCGUGAGUUAUGGUCUCACAUCAUGGUUUUCAGGAUACAAGGCUGCUUCAUUCCACUCUAGCUUCACACCACUUGGACUGAAAGAAUGUAUUUACCAAACUGGGGCCCUGUACUCUGGUCCAGUGUUCUUAACAGGUCUUGCCAUAAUUACAUUAAAGGCGUUCACAACAGGGGUGUCACUUUUACUAGAAAUUUAUACUCCAGCAAUAUGUUUUCUCAGUUUGUUAGUCACUGUCAGAUUCCUAACUUGGGGUGGCAUGUCUGGGCACUCUUCCCCACAAGAAUUUAGAAUAACAUGUUCCACCAUACGCUUUCAAAGUGAGAUUCCUAACCAAGCUUGGUACAUGAAGACACCAGCUCAAAUGUUCUUUGGGGGCAUUCUGCCUUUCAUAUGCAUCUUCUACAUGAUGGAUGAUAUUUACGCAAGCUUGUACAAUUUGAAAGUUUGUGGUGCAUUUCGUACUAUGUUGAAAGCCUUCAUUAUCAUCAUCAUAGUGACUGUGUUAAUGGGAAUGGGAUGCACUCGCUAUCAGCUGUACAAGAAAGAUCACCAAUGGUGGUGGAGAUCUGUGCUUCGUGGGGGAUCACUUGCCAUUUUCAUGUUUGCGUAUGGUCUCUAUUUCUAUGCUAGAGCAAGUGCCAGAAUUUCAAUGAACCUGCUAGAGUUCCUGGGCUACAAUGCUUGCAUAUUCUACGCUGUCUUCUUGAUACUUGGAACCAUUGGCUACAAUGCUUCAUCAAUUAUGUUCCGUCAAGUGGACCUAGACCUGAAGAAGCGUGCCUAGAAAACUCAAUUCUUUCUAAUGCUGACCCAAAGAGAGGCAGCACAUUGUUUUUGUUAUUUUCCUGAGUGAAAAAGAGGAGGCCUUACCGCCUUAGUGAUCAUUUUUUUUCAAGAUUUUUCAUUUUUUAGUAGUAGAACUGAACACCAUGGAAUCAAAAUCCAUUACCUCACCCACAACUACAUCGUUAUUCACGGUCCAGGAAUUGGAUGACUGGCGUUUACCAAUCAUGUUGCAUUGCAAACACACUCGGCAUAGG